AUGGCGCAUCCCUACGGGCGUACAUUUUCUCCCACUCCCGAUGAGAAUCGGCCAUAUCCUACUCGCCGAGCAUCUAGCGCGCGGCCCGCAGGUCGCGCUGCACCUCCUCCUGGCUCCACCCGCAAGGAGUCAGUGUCGGCGGACAAACACCCGCGGCACGCUGUGACAGAGAAGCCUCUUCCUCACCGCCCCCAGUCCGCAUACCACCAUCAUUCAAGGGACAAUAGCCGAGAGACGGACGCGAUGACCAUGAUUGCGAUGAAGUAUCGCAAACACUACGUGCGACAGGAGGGCACGGUGACACUCGUCCUGUCGGGCCAUAGUGGAUCCGGUGAUUUGCCUGUCUACCAUAGCGGUAGCCUGGUACGAGGGCUAGUGACCCUCUUGAAAACGGACAGUGUGUCCUCCGUAGUCGUGAACGUGGAAGGCUCGGUGCGGGUGCGAGAUCUGCAAGGCGGCGACGGCGCCUCGUACUUUCUAUCAGAGACGUUGUUCUCAUGGGACGGACAUGGGACAGCGCCGCACGAGUUCAACUUUGAGACGUCGAUGGGGACGUUCAUUCCUCCUACGUCUGAACGGCGACUCCUUCCUCCCUCGUUCUCGGCGAGACUCAGUCAGAUCCUACCCGGCUUCAGCGUAUCCGUCCGCUAUGAGUUUGUCGUUAGCGUCAUGAGAAAUGCGGGGCCACUGGAGUUUUGGAAGCGGCGUACACGACUACGGGUACCUUUCACAUUCAAACCUCUAACUCGCCCGCCCGCUCCAGGUCCGUUCCCGGCGAGGGCUUUUCGCGGAGGGUCUUUGCAUCCUCAGACUCUUUUCAUUGACUCUGUCCCUCCGCGCGAGAUCGGCGCCGAUCCGAUCGAGAGUCACGUCUUUUUACCAGGAGGUCAGAUAGUGCCAGCAGCGGACCGUAUGACAUUCAUCGUAUCAUUACACGCCCGCGACGCCAUCCUGGCGCCGUUGAUCCACGGCGCGCCAAUCCUGCCGUCUUUCCUCCCCAUCAGCCCAUCACCACUUCCAGCGUCUUUGCCUUGCAACUCUGCCAAUGAGAGCACCCAGAGUCUCGGGAGUGGAACGAGGAGUCGCCCAUCUAUCGUGAAUCGCCUACUGGAGGCCCCCGCUACACGGGCACCAUUGAGCGUUCGCUUGGAGCGACAUAUCGUACUUGAUGCUCGAGACCCGCGGGGUGAUAAACUGGGCUCCGGUAUAGGAUGGGUACGCGGGAGAAGGAUUCUGUCAACUGAGGUCCUUGCGGAAGGUCAACUGCAGCACGCUAAGGCCGGCAAUAAGCGUGUGCGAUGGCGAGGAGCAUUGGACAUUCCUUCCGGCGCAUCCUGUCCAGGAUUCGCAGCAGGUCGGCUCAGUGUACAGGAUUUUCUCGUCAUCACUAUCGAUAUGCCAGGCAUGCAAACGCACGAGUUGCCCUUCAGACAGACUAUCCCCAUUCGUCUAACUUCGCAUUCUGCGCGAGCGGCGUCGGCCGUUCAGUUGACAGACCCUGAAGUCUUUUAA